UUGGGCGGGGCCCUUAAGCAUUGGCAAAUACCCCAGCCGUAUAAUUAUCUUUAGUUUUUUUCGUCCGUUAGUCGGCCGCCAUAGCCAAAGCUUGUCGACCUCCACCAAGAACACACUACGCGCUCUCUCUCUCUCUCUCUCCCUCAUCUCUUCUUGUCCAAUUCGAUGUCGCGGCGCAUCGCCAGCACCGGCGCGGCCGCCAGAUGCCAAAUGCGGGUGUCGGAUUCGCGCGGCCGAUCUGUUCUUGGGGGAUUCUGCUGUUAGGUCGGGGUAGAUCCAGGGCAAUUUGGUGCCCGGAAUUGCUGAGGAGCAAUCGGAGCUGCGGUUGAAUCGAAUCGGUCUGGAAUGGGGGACGGGGAGAAGAAGGAGGAGAAGGAGGAUGCGAAGCCGCUGGAGCCCGUGACUGUGGUGCUCAAGGUGAAAAUUCACUGCCUGGGAUGCGAGAAGAAGGUGAAGAAAUCGCUCAACAAGGUGAAAGGGCUUAUGUCGCUGGACGUGAAUCGCAACGAAGGAAAGGUGACGGUUAAAGGGUUUGUGGAUCCCAAGGAGGUGCUCAAGAGGGCCAAGAAGACGGGAAAGCAGGCGGAUUUCUGGCCAUCUCCUCCUCCGCCACCCAAAGAGGAGAAGAAAUCAUCCGACGAGGAGAAAUCCGAGAAGAAGGAAGAGAAGAAGGAGAAGGAGGAGAAGAAGGAGGAGAAGGGAGAGAAAAAGGAAGAGAAGAAAGAGGAGAAGAAAGAAGAGAAGGAAGAGAAGAAGGAGACGAAGGAAGAGAAGAAGAAAGAAGAGAAGAAAGAAGAGAAGGCCGAAGAGAAGAAGGAGGAGAAGAAGAAAGAAGAGAAGAAAGAG